AUGUUGCAAGAAUCGUAAAUCAAAUUAGCAUAGCAAAAAUAAUUUUUGCAUUUAGAACUUGUUCAAUUUUUACACAAAAACUAACAAAUAUAUUUAACAGACACUAAUAUAGAAAAUAAAUAUGGGUAUUAUAUUUGAAUUUAGUAUUAAAGUCUUUAAUUAGGUGCAUAAACAAAUUAGACACCAAAUACUGUAUUUAUUUUAGAGAAAUAUACUCCAUAGUUUUCAUAUUUUAAGACUCCCAAUUAUUUUAAUACUCCAAUCAUAUAAGGAGAUUUAAUAAAAAUAAAGAGCUUUUGUUCUAAUUAAUAUGUUACAAGGUAAUGAAAUAAAAAUAAUUACAGUGUUCCAAAUGAGAAAUCUCCAAUAACUAAACAAGGUUUGAUGGUAUUAGCUAAAUAGAAUGAUGUAAAAUAUUAAGGAGGAGAAUAAGUGUUUGUUAUUUAAAAUAUAGAAGAGAAUUCUCCUUACAAAAGGAUAGUAAAUACAGAAACAUUCUUGGCUUUACAUUCACAUUCAUCUAGAUUAAAAAAUCUGAAUCAUUAUCAUGAGGUGACAGCAUAUAAAGAUAGAGAUUUAAAUGAUGCAUGGACUAUAGAUAUUAUAUCUUAAGAAAUGAGGGAAUUAAUUAAGUAACAAAUUAUAUAAGAACCUGUUGCAAGAAGAUGUUAAGACAUUCGUUCUUCAGACACAUUGUUUAUUAGAAAUUCAUUUACUGGGGGUACUCUUCAUUCCCAUUCUUCUAAAUAUAAAAGUGGAAGUAAAUAAUAAGAAGUAACAUGGAAAAAAAUGCCUAGAGAUUUAAAUGAUUGGUGGGUUAUGUAUAAAAUUAAAGGUGUUUAACAAAGUUCUGAUUAAUAAAUUUAGCUAAUAGAAAAUCAUUCUAUAAUUUCUCUGUUACAUGUCUAAACUAAACAAUUUUUGACUCACUCAUCUGGAUGUAAAGUAAAGGCUGGAGAUUAUUUUGAAGUUUGCUGUAAUAAAUAAGCCACAGAAGAAUUUAGAAUUGAAAGUAUUAAUUUAUAGUAUUAAGUGAUCAAUGUUGAUGAAGAAUUGAAUAAUUUAAAAUCUGAAACACCUUUUAGAAUUUGCCAUGUUCCUACAUAAUUAUAUUUAGCAGCUCUAGAGAGACCUUCUAGUGGAAGUUCUACAUAAGGAGAAAUAGUUUUAACUGUUAAAAAUAAUGGCAAUACAAUUUGGAUGAUUGAAUAAGUUGAUUCCAUUUAUGCUUGA